AUGCAAGGGCCAUCACUCCUUCCAGGGCUCUGUUUUCUGCUGAGUUUAUCAGAAGUCAUGGAUCAAAGGAGCAUAGCUCCCUGUAAGUGCCCCCCGAAUGCUGACUGUGUCAAUGGCACUUCCUGUACAUGCAAACAUGGAUACACUUCUGUGUAUGGGAAGGAAUUAUUCACAUUUCCCUUGGCUACAUGUGAAGAUAUUGAUGAAUGUAAACCACCCAUUAGUAUAUAUUGUGGAGUAAAUGCUGCAUGUCAGAAUGUCGCUGGAGGUUUCCACUGUCACUGUAAUCCUGGAUACAAACUCCUCUCUGGGCGUACUCAAUUCCAGAAUUCCAAUGAAAACACUUGUCAAAAAACCACUUCCUCAGCAACAACCAAAGGCAUGGAGGAUGUGAGCGGAAGCCCAGUCCCUGAACCCAGCCAGCUGCAACAUGUUGUUGAGAUAUUCGAGUCACUUCUCACUAAUAACACUCUACCGGGAACGGGAGAGAAGAGCAAAGUCGCAUCUUGGGCUACAAAUGUUCUCCAGACUGUGGAAUCAAAUGCUCUAGAAACUGCCUUGAAAUUCCCAGAGCAAAAAAUCCAGAAAAUCCACAACAGCACUGUGGCUAUUGAAACUCGAGUUGUUACAGACAAUUGCUCUGAAGAAGGAAAAAUCUUCAGCUUGAACACCCACAUGAACUCAGUGGACAUCCACUGCAAUGAUGUUGUGCAGGAAAACAUACAAGGCCCCACGGCAAUUGCCUUUAUUUCUUAUUCUUCUCUUGGAACCCUCAUAAACGCAACAUUUUUUGAAGAGGCAAAUGAGAAAGACCGAGUGUACCUGAACUCCCAGGUAGUGAGUGCUGCUAUUGGACCCCAAAGGAACAUAUCUCUCUCCAAGUCUGUGAUUCUGAGUUUUCAGCAUGUGAAGAGGAAGCCCAGUAGAGGAAAGGCCUUCUGCGUAUACUGGAAGAGCAUGGGGGGCCACGGCCAGUGGUCCAGGGACGGCUGUUUCCUGAUCCAAGUGAACAAAAGUCACACCAUAUGCAACUCCACCCACCUGUCCAGUUUCGCUGUCCUCAUGGCCUUAACCAGCCAGGAGGAGGAUCCCGUGCUGGCUGUGAUCACCUAUGUGGGGCUGAGCAUCUCUCUGCUGUGCCUCAUCCUGGCAGCCCUCACCUUCCUGCUGUGCAAAACCAUCCAGAACACCAGCACCUCGAUCCACCUGCAGCUCUCAAUCUGCCUCUUCCUGGCCCACUUGCUCUUCCUCACAGCCAUCGACCGGACUGAGAUCAAGGUGCUGUGCACCAUCAUUGCCGGUGCCCUACACUAUCUCUACCUGGCGUCCUUCAUCUGGAUGCUGCUGGAGGGUCUGCACCUCUUCCUCACUGCACGCAACCUCACGGUGGUCAACUACUCCAGCGUGAGCAGGUUCAUGAAGAAGUUCAUGUUCCCUGUAGGCUAUGGAGUCCCGGCUAUAAUUGUGGCCAUUUCUGCUGUGAUCAAGUCUGACCUUUAUGGAACACCUGAUCGCUGCUGGCUCAACCUGGACCAGGGAUUCAUCUGGAGUUUCCUUGGCCCCGUCUGUGUCAUUAUCUGUGUGAAUUUAGUUAUUUUUCUCCUGGUCCUUUGGAUUUUAAAAAGGAAACUUUCCUCUCUCAACAGUGAAGUGUCAACCAUCCAGAAUAUAAGGAUGCUGACACUCAAAACGACAGCUCAGCUCUUCAUCCUGGGCUGCACGUGGUUCCUGGGCAUCCUGCAGGUGGGUCCAGCUGCCCACGUCAUGGCUUACCUCUUCACCAUCAUCAACAGCCUGCAGGGCUUCUUCUUAUUCCUAGUGUACUGCCUCCUCAGCCAGCAGGUCCGAAAGUGGUUUGGAGAGAUCACGAAAUCUAAAUCUGAGUCUGAGACCUAUACGCUUUCCACCAAGUUUGGCGCUGACUCAAAACCCAGUGAAUAUGAGCUCCCUUGCCCAGCAGGAAUGGCAAAGAGCUCUUCCUGA